ACUGGGGUUGAAGGCUCAAUUCCAUCCAGAAAAUGAUCUGCAACCCCCUGUUCUAGACUUCUAACCUCAACCUGGGUAAACCAAUCAGUUUAUACCUAUACCACUUUUAUAUUUCCCAUUCUCUGUAUUUAGUUCAUGCAUUUCAAAAGGUUUUCUGCCAUUGAUGCUUUUAACUGUGCUUCUGAUUGGGGCUCCUAGUGGGCGGGACUGUUACUGUUGGCAACCCCAGCUUUUCACUGUGAGCAGUGAGAGUUGGGAGAUUGGGAGAGACAGAUCAGCUAGUGAUUUAGUUUUCAGGAGAUUUUUCAGUGACCCAGGCAGCCAUUUAUUGGAGUAAGUUAAGGGUAUAUCAUGUGGGGCAAUCUUAUUAAUAUUCCAUUAACACCGCUAUCUAAAUUUAUUAGGUUUCCAUCCACUGCUUGUUUUAACUGUCCCUCUGAGUUCUUAACCAAUAAUCUGCUUGGGGCUCCUAGUGGGCGGGACUGUUACUAUUAGCAACCUCAGCAUUUCACUUCCUGAGGAUCAGACAACAGUGACAGUUUGGAGAUUUGGAGAGACAGAGCAGCUAGUGAUUUAGAGAGAGAGAGUUUGCAGGAGAUUUUUCAGUGACCCAGGCAGCUAUUUAUUGGAGAGAGCCAACCUUGCUUGUAUAUAUUCCAUCUGUACAGGCUGUGCUGGUAAGUAGGAAUAGUGGGAGAGAAGGGGGCGAGGAGAGUGGGGGAGUGGUUUGUGGAGAGUAGAUAGUGUGGUGUAGAGAGUAGGUGAGUGGGGAGUAGGGAGUGGAGUGUAGAGAGUAGGGAGUUGAGAUGGCCCUCCAUAAGGUGGACAGGGUAGAGGACAUGGAUGUAGACGUAGUGGAUGAGGUGGAGGACAUGGAGGUGGAUGUAGUGGAUGAGGUGGAGGACAUGGAGGUGGAUGUAGUGGAUGAGGUGGAGGACAUGGAGGUGGAUGUAGUGGAUGAGGUGGAGGACAUGGAGGUGGAUGUAGUGGAUGAGGUGGAGGACAUGGAGGUGGAUGUAGUGGAUGAGGUAGAGGACAUGGAUGUGACGUAGUGGAUGAGGUGGAGGACAUGGAGGUGGAUGUAGUGGAUGAGAUAGAAGACACGGAGGUAGAGGAGAUAGUGGACAUUGAUUUUGUAACAUGGUUUCAUGGAUUAAAAUUGUUAGCAUGUAUUGUUGCCCUUCUUCUAAACCCCCCUUACCCAUGCAUCCUCCCUCACUGCCACCCCACAGCUUACCCUUGCUCUUACCCCUCCUCUCACCCACCUACCCCUAACUUUCACCACUCUCCUCUCACCCCUUAUACUUGCUCUCAGCCCUCCUCUUACCCCCACCUCUUAUCCUUGCUCCCACC